AUGGAAUCAUUGUUACAAUCAACUCUUGAAUGCUUUUAUAAUCAAACAUGUAUCGAACCAUUAAGCUCAUAUUUUUUAUCUAAUACAUCCCUGGUUAUAACUACACUUGACUCAUCUUUACCAAGUCGUUUUCUUGAAAACUCAACUAUACAGGAACUUGUUGAUAAAUUAAUGGUUGAACAAUGGAAUUUAUCCAUGACAUUUGAAAGUUAUUAUUCUGCUUGUCAACCAAUAAGAUGCACCUAUAGUUAUAUAAAAAAACAUGAUGUAAUUUAUAUGAUCACUACAAUGUUCGGUUUAGUCGGUGGUCUAAUGACAAUUUUAAAACUCGUUGUACCACGAUUCGUCAAAAUACUUGCAUAUCUAUUUCUAAAACGAUAA